AUGGUAAAAGAAAUUAUAAUUCCAAAAGAAAAUAAAGCACAAAUAGAAGAAAUUAGAGAAAUAGAAAAUAAAGAGUUGGAACUGCAAAAGAAAGAGUUUGAAAACAAAGAAAGUAAGUCGACAGUCGCAACAGUUGCCGAAAAUGCAAAGGCAGCGGUCAUUCCUACG